GUGUUGUAAAAUUUGUAAACAUUGGCGACCUACCCGAUUAAAAGCGAGUGAUCCGCAUGGAUCGUGGUAUGUUGAAUGGACAAUGUUAUAUUUAUUCUCUUGUGGUGUUUUGAAAUAGGUUUUGGAGGUACUUUAUAGUAUUUUUGGAUCUUACCUGAAGGACAAGUUUUAAGUAAUGAAUGGAUAAAACCAUAGGAUAUAUAAAGAAAAUAAACCAUAUCUCAAGGAAAUGAACAACAACUAGGUGUACAUAACAUAUAAGUAGAGGAAACAAUUAAACAAUAGAUCAUAAAGAUAUACCGGAAGAUGGCGGAAUUUUUAUCUGCAUUGAAUGGAUUCUACGAGAAUGUUGGAUCGGGAAAUGACAAUGAAACAGAAGUGACAGAAUGCACAUCAAAGAUAUCAACCCAGGCAUUUCAUUUUUGGAUCACAAUACCAUCUGUGCUGAUGAUAUUACUUUUAGCAUGCACGUUCUCAAGAAAGAACAAGUUUUUGACAUGUCUAUGGGGAAGACCGGGAGCCGUGUUUCCUAUGGAUAUUCUGGGCAAGUCACAUAGAUUUUCGUAUGCUGCAGCAUGGGGUUCCAUUGCAUUUCUAGCCGCUGAUUUGGUCUUCGGAAGCACGGUGAUAGUAAAACUUGAAGGACCGUCUUAUGUUACAGUAUUCAACGCAGUAUUAUCAAUGAUAGUUAUUGGUGUGGACUACUUCCCAAUGUUUGCUGCGCUUUCUCUUGAAUCGGCGGUUGGGUAUUUAGUAGGAACAGCCUAUGCCUGGUUAUUGCUAGCAAUCCAGAUUUUUCGGGAAGUUGAAUGCGAUCUGACAUAUCAAACUCGCCUUAUACUUAUACUACGAGAUGUUCCGAAUCUUCUCUGUCUGGCGUACCUGUCGUUUAGCCUCCCAGUACGGUUAAUUCAGUCUGUCCGGCAAAAGUCAAUACGGUUUUUAUCCGCAUCUGAGAUGGUGUCUAUUUUAAACAUGGAAAAAGAUCAAGAUUUGUCACCAGAAGCCUUUCACAUUAAACAUCUUCUCAGGCCAGUACCCCCUCCGCCUCCCCCACCGACAACAUUGGGAGGUAAAGUGAUGCAAAUAGUGAAGAAUUUCAUCGGCGACUGGAUAUACCACAAUAAGCACAAAUUUAGAUAUUCAUCCAGAAUUCUAUCAGUCAUGUUAAUUGGGUUUAUGUUGAUUUACAAGGCCACUCUCGAAGUGAUGACUCUUGCUAUAGGGAUAUUUGCAUUCAUUGAGCGUGGUUUUAUAUUGACGCUCGAUGCUAUUGGUUGGGACUCAGAAAUAGACGAAGAAGCAUACGUAAAACAAAUACGUGAUUACACCAAGUUUAUGUAUUUCCUUCUCAUCAAUGUAAGAAUUUGUUUUAUUGUUGCCCUCUCAUUAGCAUGUGUUGCAGGCAUAUUGGGAAUUCUGCACAUGUUAUCGUCAUACAGGACAAAUUUGUUUGACUUGUACAAAGGAGAUAAUACUCAUAUACCACAUAGGUCAACAAGAUCUAAUACGUCACUGUUGGUUGGAAGUAUGCGAUAUGCAGGGUAUCAAGUGGCCUACAUCGGAUGGGGUUUAGUCUUGCAUUUCAUCAUACUGUUGAUCAUUGCUGUUGCCCUGUGCACUAUAAUUACAAUGAUAAUAUAUGGGUAUUAUCAGUGGAUGCUGACAGUUCUUUUCAAUGCUUGGCCAGCUGCGGUAAUGACAAUUAUUAUAAUGUUGACUCAGACACUAUUAUCCAAAUUUGCAUUCUUACAAGGAAGAGGGGAAUUUUUGGCAAUUGAUAACAGACGUGUGCUAUUCAGUUUCACGUUCUUCAUGUUCUUCUACAAUAUCUUUGUUGGAUUUCUAUCAUGCUUAUUAAGAAUCGUUAAAUCGAUCGUGAUCGGGGCAAUAUUUCUUCCCCGUUUGGACAACAGCGCUUUACCAAGGCGAUUCCAGAUGUUUGAUCCCGGUUUUGCAAACUACUGUGGCUUUAUACAUGUGGAAUGUGCUCACACGCAUCCUGUUCUGGUCAUGUUUUUGAGAAUUUUACUUCACAUAAAUGAGGAUAAAAAUUCGUCAGAGUCAAGUGAUAGCAAUCAUACAGCUGUUGAAAUGAACGGUAAAGGUAAAUCCAGCAAAGCUAAACCUGUCAACGCAAGAGCGAGAGCACGAUGGUUUUUGAUAUACACUUUGCACAAUAACCCUACCAUAAGGGUGUACAGAAAAUCAUAUAUGCAGUAUAUGAGAAUGCUACAAGAACGUUUGGCAAGGUAUUAUAACCUUGACAAAGCAACCAUGGGAAACCUUGCAAAAUCAAUUAAUACAGUUUAUACAGACAAUGGAAAGGCCGACAUCAAUGAUAUCUCAGUUGAAGUGAAUGGAGGAUUUAAUGCGGCACAGGCAAAUUGGAACGCACUGUUUGGUAUGAACAAAUUAAUGAGGCAAAUUCAAAAGGAUAUGGCUGAAGGGACCGGAGCAUUUGCUAAAGAUUUUGACGAACAGAAUAAUCAAACAGAGAGUGAUGAAAAUAAAGGUUCUGGUAACAAUGUGAUAGUAAAAAACCCAAAGGGUAUGUGGCAGAAAGCAGCCUUCUCAUCACUCUCAACAAAAAAUAUCACUCCAAGUACUAAUUACUUGACAAUGGCAGAACUUUUUGAAAUCCUAAGCUACAUUUACACGCACAGAGGACAAGAAGGAAACGAAACGGAAACGGGAGAAUGCAUUACAAAGGUGCCACGUUCUACGUUUCAUUUAUACCUUAUGAUACCAUCUAUUUUAACAACACUGUUACUAGCAUGGACACACCCUAGAAAGAACAAAUGGCUGAAUAUACUACACGGACGUCCCGGUGUUAUAUAUCCGAUGAAUAUUCUAGGAAAGUCUCAUCGUUUUCUGUAUGGAGCUGCAUGGGGAUCCAUUGCGUAUUUGGCAGCUGAACUUGUGUUUGAAAAUGAUAUCGUCCAACUAGAGGGACCACCGUAUGUCACAGUCUUCAAAACAGUGUUAGCAAUGAUAGUUAUAGGAAUUGACUAUUUUCCGAUGUUUUCGGCCUUCGCUUUUGAAUCAUACGUAGGGUAUGCAAUAGGAACAGCGUAUGCAUGGAUGUUUCUGAUUGUACAAAUAUACCGGGACACUGAGUGUGAUUUAGCGGGUCGAUUUCGUUUCGCGUUACUAUUUGGAGAUAUACCAAAUCUCCUUUGUCUUGGAUAUCUUGCAAUAAGUCUACCUAUUCAAGUACUUAGAAUAUUGCGUAAAAAAUCUAUCAGGCUGUUUUCGUCAUCGGAGAAAGUAUCAGUACUUAGAAGAUCAAUCAGUGUAAAGAACUCGCCUGAAGCAAAACAUGUAAAGCAAUUACUUAAACCUCCUUUGCCACCCAUAGAGGAUGAACCAAUAUUACUUAAAGACAAAAUAUGUUUGAAAGUCAAAACGUUCGUUAGUGACUGGAUUUAUAAACGUGAACCAGGUUUUAGAUACUCAGCCCGAAUGAUCUCUGUCAUGGUUAUUGGACUGAUGGUUAUAUACAAGAUUACAGUCCAGAUAACAGCUGCGAUAAUAGUAGUUUUCAACGCUUCCGAUGUUUUGCUGCAACAAAAAUUAGAUCAGAUAGAAAUGUCUUCACAAGUAAACCAAUCCAAGGACAUAUCUGCCGAAAGGGAAGGGAUAAAUAUCACCCUGUCUCUUAUAUCUGACAUAAGAAUUUGUUUCAUUUGUUCAAUUUGUGCGGCAUAUAUCGGAAAUAUCUUCACAAUUUUACAUAUGAUGUCAUCGUACAGAACGAAUUUGUUUGACCUUUACAAACGAAUUCAUAACAAUAUACCUCCAAGAUCGACUCUGGAAAACAAAAAUCUACUGGUUGGAAGUAUCAAGUUUGCCGGAUACCAAGUUGCAUAUAUAACAUGGGGAUUUGUUAUUCAUCUAAUUAUUUUGAUCAUCCUAUCUCUUAUAUUGUGUAUUAUUAUCUGGAUGAUUCGGUACGGCUAUUACGAUUGGAUUCUAUCAUUGUUGUCGGGUAUUUGGCCCACAGUAUUGAUGACUAUUUUCCUGAUAGUGUUAGUUAUACGGUUUUGUGAUUAUUUUUUUUCUUGA